AUAUAUGCAGUUCUAGCAGUCUACUACUACUCUCAGACCAUACCAUAAGCCCAAAUGCCAAAUCAUUCCGAUGUAGCGGUUUUUACAAAGGGUCUACGAAUUUGAUCGUGGAUUCUGGGUCUAUUCUAUCACACACGACACACCCAGUUGAAAGUUGAAACUAUUGUUCUAAAAGCUGAUUUUAGGAGGGAAAAACCAAAAACCCUAAACGAGGGACUUCGCACGGGUCCCGACUGGUCUCAAAACUCUCAACUGGAAACGAAAGAAACAACAAUGCAAACGGGGAUGUAAAAAUUUUCUGUUUUCCUUUUAUUUUGUUGAAGAGGUUUUGUUCGUGGACUGCGAGAGUUCAGGCCUUCAAGGGUGCUCAUGGCGAAGCUUCUUCGCAAUGUUUAUACUUUAAGGCGCUCUCUCAUGAUAGCAGAGAUUCAGAAUUAUAGACAAGGGAUUUUGGGGAUCUCUUCUCAAUGUUGCAACUUUUCUUCUAAAGGGAAAAGGAAGUCUAGAUCUGAUGGAAGUGAUUCUGGCGAAGAGAACAUCUCUAAGAAGGAUCUGGCAUUGCAACAAGCUCUGGAUCAGAUUACUACCUCAUUUGGAAAGGGAGCAAUUAUGUGGCUUGGUAGGUCUGUUUCUCCUAGACAUGUUCCAGUUGUGUCUACAGGAUCAUUCGCUUUGGAUAUGGCAUUGGGAAUCGGUGGACUUCCAAAGGGACGUGUGAUAGAGAUAUAUGGCCCAGAGGCUUCUGGAAAAACAACUCUUGCUCUUCACGUAAUAGCUGAAUCACAGAAGCAUGGAGGGUACUGCGUCUUUGUUGAUGCGGAGCAUGCACUUGAUCCAGCACUAGCUGAGGCUGUUGGUGUAAAGACAGAAAACUUGCUUCUUUCACAACCAGAUUGUGGUGAACAAGCUCUCAGCCUUGUGGACACCCUAAUCCGGAGUGGUUCUGUUGAUGUUGUUGUUGUGGACAGUGUGGCUGCACUUGUGCCUAAAAGUGAACUUGAUGGUGAGAUGGGAGAUGCACACAUGGCAAUGCAAGCCAGAUUGAUGAGCCAGGCUCUUCGCAAGUUGAGCCAUUCUUUGUCCCUCUCACAGACUAUCUUGAUCUUUAUAAAUCAGGUUAGAUCAAAGCUGUCCACUUUUGGAGGUUUUGGUGGCCCCAUUGAAGUUACUUCAGGUGGUAAUGCUUUGAAGUUCUAUGCAUCAGUCCGAUUAAAUAUUAAAAGAACUGGGCUGGUCAAAAAGGGGGAGGAGACGAUUGGAAGCCAAGUUCUUGUGAAGAUUGUGAAGAACAAGCAUGCGCCUCCAUUCAAAACUGCUCAAUUUGAGCUUGAGUUUGGCAAGGGGAUAUGCCGUUACUCAGAGAUCAUAGAGCUGGGGUGCAAGCACAAGUUCAUAACAAAAGCAGGAGGUGCAUUCUACAACUUUAAUGGCCAGAAUUUUCGUGGGAAGGAUGCUAUCAAACGAUACUUGUCUGAAAAUGAGGACUGUUUAGAGGAGCUGAUGGCAAAACUCCGAGAAAAGCUUAUGCACAUUGAGACUAAUAUUGAAAAGGAUUCAGAAACCGGAACUCCAGAUGGAGAUGCAUCAGAAGAGAUUGUGUCACCUGACACAACUGAUGAGGAAGUUCUCGCUAUGGUUGAGGCAUGAGGAUGUACACCCAUUUUGAGUUGUAUGAUGGGCUGCACCAUCUGUAUGUUCUAGCAAAGACAGAGGAUUUGGAAUCUGCAGUUGCAUAUCCUGAUUUUAUAGGAUCAUGGAUUAUGGCAAGGGACACGCUUUGGGUCAGAUGUGGCUCUACUUCCUUGGAUUUAAUAUCGUCUACUACUGGGAUGCUUGGAAAUCGGGGUGCAGGAACAGAUUGCCAGUCAACAGCAAUCCUUUUCCUUUGUAAGUUAUGUGCCAAUAUGAAUAUAUUUCUUGAUUGUAUCACUUUUAUGAGGUAUAGACUGUUGCAUGGAUGAAAGUUGUCAGUACAAUUUGAUACGUGGGAAAAUGCAGAGCCAGGCAUAAAAUUUUGCUGGAUAUGAUCCCAUGCUGAUUGUUUCAAACGAUCAGUAAUUUUUUCCUUGUUCUUCAGAUAUACCAAGCACUAUCCAGUUACAGAAGCUUUUUCCAAGUGGAAUA